UUACUAGCUCUCGAACAAAAAACCUUUCACUUUUCAUUGGAAAGAGCAAAAAGAGUCCUGGCAAUAACAAUAACCUUCCUGAGACGGACCCUUCUACUUUUGCUUCAUAUAUAUUUAUUUUCUACUCUUCCUUCCUAGCCUUGGUAGUUGCCUUUAUCUUUAGUUUUCGCUUUCAAGCUCAGAAAUUAAUAAGCUAUUUUAUCUUUGUUUCAUAGCUCAUCAUAUAGUCCAUUCAUGGCGAGGGCAAGCAACAAGAAUAUACAAGCCAAAUUGGUUGUUCUAGGGGACAUGGGAACCGGUAAAACAAGUUUAGUAUUGAGAUUUAUCAAAGGGCAGUUUAAUGACUACCAGGAGUCAACAAUUGGAGCAGCAUUUUUUACUCAGGUGUUAUCAUUGAAUGAAGCAACUAUAAAGUUCGAUAUAUGGGACACUGCAGGGCAGGAACGCUACCACAGUUUGGCUCCCAUGUACUAUCGUGGUGCAGCUGCCGCAGUUGUCGUAUAUGACAUCACAGCAAUGGAUUCAUUUGUACGGGCCAAAAAAUGGGUCCAAGAAUUGCAAAGACAAGGUAAUCCAAAUUUGAUAAUGUUUUUGGCUGGCAACAAGGUUGACUUACAAGGAAAGAGAGAAGUGGAAUUUGAGGAAGGUGAACAAUAUGCUAAAGAAAAUGGCUUGGUUUUCCUUGAAACUUCUGCCAAAACUGCACAGAAUGUAAAUGAGCUCUUUUACGAAAUAGCAAAGAGAUUGGCCAAGUCUAGUCCUACACGUCCUAGUGGAAUGAAAUUGCACAGAGGAUCCAGAGAAAGGGGGAGAAGACUGUUUUGCUGCUCCGUCUGAUGUGCUCACUUGAUUUUGGAGGGUUUCCCAGAAUUAUUUCAAGGGCAUGAUUCAAAAUGUGACAAAAAAUAUUAAGGCACAUCAUGAAGAACACCCAAUGAAAACAAAAUCCCUUUUAAUAGGCUAUUUCAUGAACAUGGCACUCUAUGUAACUCUGGUAAGAAAUUAUUAUGGAACUCAAUAAUAUGUGUCAUGUCAUGGCUGAAAUCGUAUUAUUAUUAUUAUUAUUAUUAUUAUUAUUAUUAUUAUUAUUAUUGUUUUUAAUUUAUCUGUAAAGAAGCUUAGACAAGAAUACCUUUUGUAUUGUAACAAGUCCAAGUCCAAG